GAAACCACGUGAAAUGACGAGGAGUAUUAAAGUGAUUGUUAUAAUUCACAUCGAGCUGUCGUGGAACAUUAAAGCACCAGCAGCGAGCAGCAAACACACGGUGCUGGCUGACAUGUCUUCAUAUCGUCCGCCAACGUGAGUGAGAGAAACAGGAGGAGCCACACGACCGGUGUCGUUUCACUACGACACUUUAUAGUGUGACACCGUUUGAACAACGUGACCUUCUCUUGAUUUUUGGACGAGCGUGAACGUCGCGAGCACAGGUGGACGAAAACGCAUGAGACUCGAGAUGCAGACGAUACGUGUGGUUCCGUUUAAAUUGUCAAAGACAGAGUGAGAGUCCAGCAGUCUAUAUUUCCUUUUUUUGUUUGUUUUGUACUUUAAUACUCCGCUGCAGUUUAAUAUAUUGCAUCGCGAUGUUGCGGAGCUUCGCUUCCCAGGGUGUUUAUGAACUCUGGAGAGGCCUCUGCUCGGCGCCCUGUGUCGCCAAGAGGCCAGUCGGAACUUCUCUCUUAGUCCGCAGCGCGGGUCGUCACCUGCCGCACGUUUCUGCUGGUCACUUCCGGACUGGGAUCCCGGCGUGGAAGGAUGCUCUCCAGCCAACAAGAGACAACCUCGACGAAAAACAGACCCUCGAUCUGGACAAAUGGAAAUCUGUGAUGAGAGCCCAAGUGGCAUCAGAAGAGAGGCCGCAGCGCGAUGAGGAAGAGGACGCCAGCGAUGAUGAGGAUGGUGAAAACCUCAAAGAACCAGGUGGUGAUUCAAAGGGCAGUUCUUCCCUGGAGGCCACUCGCGAUCUGGUUGCGAUGUGGCGCCAAGCUGGGAAGCUUGUACCACAAGAGAUGGCCGAUGAUGAGGUCCAGACGCUGGCCGAGCUCACCACCAAGUCCUCCAGGAAGAAGUACCUUAAGUACCUGGCCAUCAAGGAGGGCCACAAAAGGUCCCGUAAGGAGAAGCAGCAGCAGAAGAAGAUGGCAAGGGACGCCUCGCUGGAGCAGAGGAGAAUACAGGACUGCGAUGCGGAGGACGAGAGGGGACUUAAAAACACAAUGUUCCUCCAGUUCUGGGGGCGCUCCCUGGACAAGCACCUGGCCUGGAGGAGCGCCCAGGCCAUGCUGUUCGGUCAGCCACUGGUGUUUGACAUGAGCUACGAGUCAAACAUGACCAGACGGGAGUUGGACAACACCGUAGCACAACUUUUGGAGGUGGAAGGGUGGAAUCGACGUGCCGCCGAGCCUUACCACCUCCACUUUUGCAACCUGCAGGCGGAUGGCGCCUACAGGAGCGAGCUGGUCAAGCGAUACGGCGACGAGGCCUGGGACCGUCUGUUGGUCACCAGCACUGACCAGCAGCACGUGGACCGGUUCCCUCGGGAACAGCUCGUGUAUCUCACUGCGGACUCCCCCAACGUUCUCCGCACGUAUGACCACUCCAAGGUCUACAUCGUUGGAGCGCUGGUGGACCGGUCGAUCCAGUCGGGCCUGUCACUGGCCAAUGCAAAGCGUCUGAACCUGGCCACGGCCCGUUUACCCCUGGACGAGUUCCUCCAAUGGGAGAUGGGAGCCAAAAAUCUGACUCUGGACCAGAUGAUCCGCAUCAUGCUCGCUCUUAAGGAGACGGGGAAAUGGGAGGAGGCGUUUAAGUUUGUGCCCAAGAGGAAGUAUGACUGCUUCCACCAACAGACACCGAAAGAGAUGGUCAACAGCGGAGGCAGGGGAGUCACAAACCCCAGAGGCAGACAGGAUGGCGACAGACCGCUUAGAUCGGGAGAAAGAAACAGUGAGAGGACUUUUAAAAAUGAGGGCCAAAGUCUUCCUAGAUUCCCUAAAGAGUCUGGGUUCAGUGGGAGAGGCAGAGUGGCUGGACCGCCCGGUGACAACAAACCGGCGGCAACCAGAGUACGGACCUCAUUUAAGAGCCACAUAGAGGGAAGAAAAAGUGCAGGCAAAAGCAAGCUGUGGGGGGAUGAUGAUGAUGAGUAAAGUCAACAGAAAUUGUAACUGUGGACAAUAAGGACAUACAAGUGGUGUCUGAAGGGAUUGAAGUGUUGUAACAGGUAAUCACUGGUGCUUACUGACUGCUUUGAGUUCCAAUGCAAGGUUAUAAACAAGAAAAGACAUUAAUAAAAAAGGUAGAAACUA